UCCCCCCGGAGUCGCGGCUGAGGCGGCCGCGGCCCGCCAGAGGGCAAUGAGGCAGGGGAGACGGGGCAGGCCCCACCUCCUUUGUCCGCCCUGCCCUCCCAUUGGCCGGAGUGGGGGGCAGGGGGCGGAGACCAGCCCGGGGGCGGAGACCAGCCCAGGGGCGGAGACCAGCCCGGGGGCGGAGACCAGCCCGGGGGCGGAGACCAGCCCGGGGGCGGAGCCGAGCUGCUCGCGCCCGGGGAAGGCGGCACGCGCGCUGCGGGGCGGGUGCGUAGAGCAGCGGUCGAGCUCCGGCUGCCAACCCCGGGCCCGCCGGUGCCAUGGACGGCCUGCGCCAGCGCUUCGAGCGCCUUCUGGAACAGAGGAACUUGGCCACGGAAGCGCUAGGGGCUCUCGAAGCCAAGACAGGCAUCGACAAGCGGUACUUGGCCGCGGGGGCCACCACUCUGCUAAGCCUGUAUCUUCUCUUCGGCUUCGGGGCGUCUCUACUGUGCAAUGUAAUCGGCUUUGUGUACCCAGCGUAUGCUUCAAUCAAAGCAAUCGAGAGCCCAAGCAAAGAAGACGACACUGUGUGGCUCACGUACUGGGUGGUGUACGGCCUGUUCGGGCUGGCCGAGUUCUUCAGCGAUCUACUCCUGUCCUGGUUCCCUUUCUACUACGCGGGCAAGCAUCACGAGGCCGUGGACAGCGUCGUGAGGGACUUCAGCGGGCGAGCUCUGGACGUGGCAGCCGGAAUAACCCGGGACGCCAAAGCAAGCAUGACCCAGCUCCAGAAGGACAAGUGAAAGCCGCGCCCCAGCUCUACAAACAGCCGUCGGCUGGCGAGCUGGGGGGCACAUCACAGCCCAAGUCCUCCACGGAUUCCUCAGCUUACUCCCGGGUGGAGGCCGCCACCAGCCCCUCGUCCCCCAGCAAGCCAGCCCCCGGGAGCUCCUCACACAGCCGGUCCCCGCUGCGCUCCCCGGCCAGCGCCUCCCAGUUGCCUGGCAAGUCCCGGGGCCCGCCUCGGCCCCGAGACAGCUCCUCCAGCCAGCCCACCCUGGCUGCCAGCCAGCAGCAAGCCCGGUCGUCCGUCACCUCCUCAGGCCGACCCCAGCCAGCCCGCGAGUCCUCAGGCUCCGCCGUGCUGCGCCCCAGCACCUCCUCCAGCCAGGCACCCCACGUCAUGCCGUCCCCCAGCGGUGCCACCAUCCCCACGCAGCCCCCCAACAAAACCUCGGAUGGGCCCGAGGACCUGGCCCCCAAGGCCUCCAAGUCCAGAAGACAGCAGGAGAAGGGGUCCCCAGCGCAGCCCCACGGUGGCAGCUCGGGCACCGAGCUGCCUGUCCCCUGCCAGUCCGAGUCCUCUCUGGAGUACACCUCCGAGUCUACCACGGAGGUCACCUGCAGCUGGCCCCACCCCAGGCACAAGCUCUGGUACCUGCAGCACUGCUGGAGGCUGAAACACCUGGCCUGCUAGCAAGCACUCAAUAAAGUUCACCUGGAUGAA